UUUAACCGGACUACAACAGUCAUAUUCAUGCAUAUAAAUAAUAUUUGUUGCGCGAACAAUGGUUUCCAAAUGGAUAACAAAGGGUGUUCAAUUUGCCGUGCGCUUUGCUGCAUAUUCAGUUCUGUGUGGAUACAUCAGUGCGGCAAUGAACCAAUAUGGAACGAUAUCUGUAGUAGGGCCAGCGUUUACAAACAGGGAGGUUACACUGAAGGCGUCACCGUUCUAUCCUUGGGGGUGUGACGUAGAAUGGAAAUUCUUAAUUGAAAAUGGUUCACAAUUGAUAAGUAUGGAAGGGGUAAAUAAUACAACAAGAUAUUAUGAAGAUGAGUCAUUCUUUUUGAAAUGGAAGGCUUCAACUGAAUUCAACGGAUCUAUCUUCUGCGCCGAAUGUGCAACAAACAAUACGAUUAAAACAAACAUGAUAUCUAUAAAUUUGAGAGAUAUCGUUGGAUCAUGUGGAGCACUCGGGAUUUUAAGCCCAGUUGUUCGCGGCGCGGACGUCAAACUUGCAUAUUUUCCGUCUGACCUUUAUAUACCGCGCAACACAGACACUGGGCGAACAUGGACGCACAACUUACAAGAUAUACAGCUACCAGAUGGUUCUUACGAAGAGAGAAGUGUUUCUAAAUAUUUGUACAUAUUGACUAUAUUUAACUUCAAAGAAAAAGAUGAAGGACGGUAUGAUCUAAAAUGCAAUGCAGAUAGCAAAACGGAUUCUGUGCAUCUUCAUAUGUCGGAGCGACCGAGCUACCCAGUCCUCGGUCCGAAGCAACUUGACUUCAACACAACACAAUGUAUUUAUGUUUAUGUGGGCUCCGACUUUUAUUGCAAUACUGAAAAUGGAACAGAACCUGUACAGAUAGUAAUUUUACUGGGACAGAAUUCGUUUGUUCAUGAAGAAAGAAACGGGGGGAAAGGGUACCAAAUCGAUAACAUUCAUCAACAAAUGGGUGGACUGUCAAGACGGAAUGUGACAUGUCGGGUUUCUAAUGCAGCCCUUGAAACACCUUACAAAGUGCACGGCACUCUAUGUAGCGUAGAGAAAGGUAGCCCGCCAGUGCUAUCAGUUCCUGAGUUUCUUGAAGGAGAAAAUUCGAGUGCAAUAUGUGAAGUACGCAAUGCUAUCCCAGCUCCACUAUUAGAAAUACAUGUUGACAAUGUUUUGCUGGGUGAUGUUCAACAAACCCAUUCAUUUAAUGAAUCUUCUCAUACAUUUACCAGUACAGCAAAGGUCACAAAGUCUAACAACAUGUGGAAUGGAAAACGAAUGUGCUGCGUCAGGAUAAGCAGAUAUGAUUUUGGUCCAAAAGAUGUUUCAUUGUGCAAACAUAUCAGCAUGAAAUAUCCGCCGUCGGAACUUUCCAUGCUCGUAAACAAAAAACGUUCAUAUGGAAACAAUGUUUCUGUCUGUUUCUUUCACAUUUUUUGUGAAACGAAUGAAUCAAAUCCGCCUUGCACAAUUGAAUGGUCAAGCGACAAUGAUAAUUCAAGCUAUUUUGAUAGUAAAAAUUGGACUAAUGAUGAAUAUGGAAGUUACCGUUCUGUUUCCAACGUCAUGUACAACGUGACUAAAGACAGGACUGGGGGUACCAUUACAUGCUCAACAAGAUGCGAUUAUUUCCCAUCUAGUUUAACUAGAAACUAUACUGUAUAUUUUUCAGGUGUAACGACUAUUUACCUGAACACGACAUCACCUGUUCAUUUACGUCCGAAUAGUACAGUGGCCGUCAACUGUCUUGUGGAUGAUUGCAAUGCUUCAGGACAAUGGACUCUUUGGUGGGAAGAUGAAGAUAGCACUGUAUUAAAGAAUUGUAGCAAAACAGAGGAAUGCCUGUUAACACUGAAGUAUGCGGGAGAUGGAAACAAAACAUACAUUUGCAACGCUCGAAAACAAAAGGAAUUUUUAAAUGAAUCAUUAACAGUUUCAAGCUCAGAGACAGAAGGUAAUCAAUCCAAUGAAAAGGACAUUCAGACAUUUUCCUCUACAUUCCGAUUUCCGUUCGUCGAUGUACUUAUUGGAACAGGCGUUUUUGGUGUACUCUGCAUCCUGUCUCUUAUCGGAAGAUGUAUAUUUCUAAAACGGAGAAAGGCCAACGUAAUCAGCACAAUAGAAAUUGUUGAAAAUCCCAGUGACACUUCGUCGGACGAUGGUGUGCUACACAUAACAACGGGAGGAGUCCAGUACGCAGUCGUGCACAGGCAGGCGGACGCACAGAGGACUGAAACACUGCAGCCGCACGAUGAAGCCGGCUUAACGUACGCCGAUUUGGACAUCAAGUUCCUACAGGAAGCUAACGCCAGAGUUCCGGUAAGGAGAAAGAAUAAGCCGACGGAGUAUGCUGACAUUGACUUCUCCUCAACACAGGAAACUGCGGUAGAAGAUCCUGUGUACCACUUUGUAUCGGCGUAAUUCUAGUGCAAAGACCAAGUAAUCAAACGAUAGCGAUAAUUUAUAUAUGAUCAAGUUUAAUGUUUGUACGUCUUCAAUGAUACUGUGUACUGAAAUAAAUGUGGUUUAAACCAAAUAUUCAAGACCAAUAGAAGGGAUAUUAAAACGUAUCAUUUCCUUUGGACGAUGAUUGUUGAUUAAACAAUUGAUUUUGUCGACACUGAGAGUUGACGUGCAUCAUAUGUACGAUAUUUUUCUGAGUGUUUUCAGCUUUUACUCUUGUAUAUAGAUAUUGAAGUAUUUUUGGCAGUGUAUGACUUUUUUAUCUUUGUAAUCUCAACAAAUGAUGCUUUCACUACCCUGUAUGCCACGAUAGAUGUGAGUUAUGUACGUGAAGUUCGCGGUCUAGUGGCGUGAAGGAAGCGGCGUGGCGGCCAGCGGUCUAAUUUGUAAUGAUAUACAGCAAGAAAGUAACAUUUACGGAUUGAUCUUCAAUUACAAUUUGUUGAUACUGUGCUCGCAUCAAUACUUCGGUAUGGAUACGAAGUUUGGUUUUAUGAUGGCAAUUGCUUCGAAUGCUUUAAACAUACCUUUAUAUUUUGACCUAUUGUAAAGGGUUGAGAAUUUGCAACUGAUCGAUGACCACGUGUCUAAUGUUCAUCACAUUGGUAAUGAAUUUCAACACUUUUUUCAAUUUCCCUUUUUUGAAAUAGAUAGGUUUUCAUACUUCCCUCCCUAUUUUUAUAGAAACCCUAAUGUGUAUCAUUUCAGGAUUUUUUUUAAACUUCAUAUAAAAACGUUAUUAACAAAAAUGCUCUUUUUAAAAAAAAAAGUUAUGCAAGAAUUUGUCUAGUUUUAUAAAUUGGUCAAGGUUAUCUACCAUGUUCUUUUUUGAAUAUACAUAUGUUAGUAUUUUUCAAGAUUGAAAAACAAUCAUUUCUACAUGUUAAAUUGUGUGCUUAUUUUACAAAACAGCUGACUAUAUGUGUCAUAGAGCUAACAUAAGUCUAUGUUUGUUUGUGAUGCUUUAUCGGUAAUGUCAUUAUCAUGGUAAACAUUUUUUCUUCAAUUUCAUUACAGUUGUGUUUCGGGCUACCUCUAUUGUUUUACUGUUUAAAGAGACUCGCUCAUGUAAAAUGCACUUCUUUUUAUGACGAAAUAAAGUGUGGCAAAUCAUUA